CUAUAGGUCAAUUAUAAAACUGAUACCAGCAAGGGUCAGUGUGUAUUAUUUCCCAUAUAAAAGUAAAUACUUCAGAAUUUUUUUGCACUACAUAGAGGUUGUCUUACUUCCCGCCCCCUUCUCCCCUUCUCUCUCACACGAUCAAGUGGCCCCUUCACAUAACUUAUCUACCGCUGUAGGAGAGCUUCACGGUGCACUGAUGCAGCCCUUUCGCAACAAAAACAUGCAGACAAGAAUAUAUAUUUUACUGUGAAGAAUUAUUGCAAAGUUAAUGGACUUCAUGACAUUCUUUCGGAUACAUCGAAAGUAGGCUACUUUAAAAAAAAACAUUGUAAGGUGCAAUGAGUGAAUAACUUUCUACCGGGUUUAAUAACAGAGGCUUCUGGGAGAACAACAACAACCAAAGGUUCUGAAGUCUGAAUGCACCCUGGUACUGACCUUUGACCUCUAGCCAUGUCUCAGAGUAACCCCUCCUUCCAGCUCAUCCAGACUCUGAGGAAGUCUCCCGCUGUGUUCCGCCGCCGGUUCCACCUUCGGCCCAACCGCACCGCUACCCUCUCCCACGGGGAUCCCCUCUACAAGGUGCUCUACCUGGGCACUGAGAAAAUCUACUCCCUGGAUCUGGAGCAGGCCCAGGGGGCCAUAGGCCUGCUGCUCCAGCAGUGGGCCCCGGGGGCCCCUGAGAAACUGUGCAAGGAGCACGCUCUGGUGUUGCGGCGGCAUUACAUAGAGGUGAAGGAGAUUGCUACGGGGAGACAGCUCGCUAAGACCUAUCUGAGAGACAUUGCGUUCUGCGCGGCCGACACCAAGCACCCCAAUGUGUUCCUGUACAUCUGUAAGCAGCAAGGCCAGCAACUGCAGUUACAGUGCAAGAUAUUCUGGUGCACCAGUGCUGAGAGAGCUAAGGACAUCACCGCUUGUCUGGCAAGGAGCUUUCAAACGGCUCUUAGUGAUUGGCAGGGGCAGGGUAGCGAGACCAAUCACAUGGAGAAAGGGGAGGGAUCAUCGGAGGUGGAUGGACUGUCAGUCAUCCCAAGCCUUCAUACUAAUACCUCCUCUGCUCUAUCAGGAUCUCUAAGGACAGACAGGUCGCUGGAGGAGGAGUAGGGGUGUGGCUACUCUGUGUCCUCUCAGAGCGAUGAGGAAGGAGAGGACAGGCAGCACCACCACCAAUGACAGCACACAGUCAACCAUUUGAUAUUUGACUUUGACUCUCUCUGCCAACUGAUAAUCUAUUGGGCCUAGCAGAGCCUCACUAGCUCCUGCAGUACCCACCAGUAUUGAAGAAUGGACCACUGCCAAACUAAGCUUGGAGCCCAGAACUACAUUUUGUGUGUGUGCUGGCCAGCUGCACUGUGUGUCUGUCAUGACAGACUGCUGCCAAAAGGAUUCUUAUUAUGGACUUCAAUAAAGCUAAGGGUGUGACUCAAAAGCCCCACAUGCCACAGAGCACCCCUUUAUCACCACCAACAGGGUCAUUGUGUUUACGCCUGAGCACUAUUUUGGCUUGGUUAGAAUUUUUUAUGUUAUUUAACUAGGCAAGUCAGUUAAGAACAAAUUCUUAUUUACAAUGACGGCCUACCCCGGCCAAGUUAAAUGGGUUUCCAUUGCAUUUUCAGCUCUACUGAUGGCUUUGUUACCAAGAAAAUGGACUUAUGUAGUGAGUGUGCCCACUCUGGUAUUGGCACGUUCACAUUAGCCAACAGCUCGCAUAAUACAGUACGCGUAUAGCCUACAUGAUGAGAUUACUAUGGACAAAAGAGCAAGAUUAUUUUUAUUUAUCAAACAGCAGCCAAGCAUCAAUCAUCGUGUCACCAGCAUAAGACCCUCAAUAUUUAUUGCAAAGGAGCAUCAAGCUCAUCACUUUGCACUUUCACCAUCCUGUGCAGUUCAUCAUCAUUUAUUUCAUAUGUAGCCUAAUAAACUGCAGCCUAAUAAUGCUUUCCCGAGUCGUAGUGGGAGGACCACACAUGUCAUUGCGUGACUCCAAAUUGUAUUUGUUAUAAAGGUCAUUCCCAGCUAGCACAGAACGUUCCUGUAACGUUCCCUAAAGGUUCUCCUUUGGUUCUUAGAAAAAUAACUUUCACAGAAUGUUCUUUCACAGAGUUGAAAGUGCAUGAGAAAACAAUACAUUUACUAAGUGAUUAAUCGGUUUCUGAUUCUUUGUCUCAUUUACAGCUCCGUUUUGUCAAGUAUUUUACUAGUUUAAAAGGUGAGCAGGUUUACUUCACAACUACAAUAGACACUCACCGAACAGUUUAUUAGGUACAACACCCUGUUCAGAAAAUGGAUUGCUCUUACAGCUAUUAGUCUGCUUCUCUAAACAGAUUUCACACAUAUAUUAUUUUGUAUACAGCACCAGUCAAAAGUUUGGACACAUUUAAGUCCAGUUCGGGGAUAGAGUGGGUGGUGGGGUAGGGUUGGGGUAAGGGUGAGGUUAGGGUUAGGAUAAGGGUGGAACCAUCUUCUCCUGCUGAUUAGCCAAGUGUCCAGGCAUAUUUAGAUGAUUACCGGUUUACUGUGGUUUUCACCCUUUGGUGUUAGGAUUUGGAUGGGCCUGAUUUGCUAGGGAGGCUCAGCGCACAGACGGCCCAUUGGGGGGGACCAAGGGACCGAAGGUUGGAGGAGUGUUUAGGUCCUCUCUGUCAUAGGGUUUGGUUCUGUUAGGAUCUGGAGAGGGUGUAGAGGCCCUGUUGGUCUUGUGGGUUCUCUUGCGUCCUCUGGUAGCGGUCCUUGAAGGUAAGGGAGGGAGUUCCGCAGGCUCUCCAGAAGAGGUAGUAGUGGAGCGCUUUGAAGGAGUUCUUCUGCCCAUCUGCUUCCAAGGUACCAGGCCUCUGUCCAGUUGGUGUUGUCAGAGAGGAUGUGGUGGGUGUGUUCUGUUUCGUUCCUCCAGGAUAUCAUGGUUCCUUCUGAGCCAUUGCGUGGUGGUGAUGGUUAGUUCGUCGAGAAUGUGAUGCUCUAGAUGGGGUAAAGAUGGGGUAAAGAGGGCUAUCAGUUGCCUUGUCUUGGUCUGGUAGCCAGGUGGUAGAGGGCCUCUGGAGAGGGGUUCACUGGUUGCUUCCAGGUGGUGUCUCGCUCUGAGUUUAGAUGUUGUCUUGAUACUGGGGUGGAAGAGGGUGGAGGUCCCAUGUGGUGGGGUCUCUCUGGAUUGUUGUUUGGUAGUUCUACGGGUGUGGAGAGGAGAGAUGGGCCACUGGAAUGAUGUUAGGGAAGAGGAGGAGGAGAUGUCUGGGGACUGGUGAGUAGUCCAUGGUACCCGUAGUAGAAGUGAUGGCCUCGGCGUCUUGGCUGAAGCUGCCGCCGGUGUGGGGCGUAGCCUCUGUUCCAGAGGUGUCGCUGUGGUGGUGUUGAGUCAGAGGUGGAUCAGUUCGCCGCUUGGGAGGUGUUUCUCUGGAGGUAGGUGGGUUUCUUGAUUCCCUGGAUUGUCUGGAAGCUGUUGUGUAGCGUGGAGGAGGUCCCAGGGCGUGGUGGUGUUCAAUCUUCUCUGUGUGGUGGUGGUCCUCUGGGUUGGAGAUGCUACGUGGAGGUGCAGGGGCUGUUCAGUCCUGUUCUGUUGGUCUGCUCUGCCUCCAUGUGUAGUGGGAGUGCCUGCUGUAGGAUGUCUUGUUGUGAUGAUACCUUCCUGUACCAAGGGGGGACCAAUGGCCUGUGUAGUAGUCGUGGUGUCUCAGACGGGAGGUGUCUGGGCUGGGUCGGUCUCGUGGAGAGCGGUGGUGUUCUGCUGGAUGGGUGUGUCCUCUGCUGGGUGGUGUGUUGAACGGAGGUGGAGAUUUGUGUAGGCCUGGUCCCUCUGUGGGUGAUGGGUCUGUUAUUGGUGGUCUCAGAGGGCCAUCCGAAGAUCUGGUAGUGAUGUCGGACUGUUGGAGUCAAGUGGUCUCAGGUGGUCCGUGAGUGUGGUGGUGGCGUUGUAGUGCUGGUUCCAUCUUCCUGUGAUAAGUAGAUCGGUCUGGAGAGGUGUUUGAAGAUUGUUCUGCUUGUCGAAGAUGUGACGUUCGGGUGGUGAGACGGGGUUGCCCCCCAGAAAAUGUUUUUGGGUGGCCCUUCAGUGCGUCGUCCCUUGUAGGAUGUGGAGGGUAGGAAGGAUAGUUGUGGGCCGCGUGGGGCCUCUGGUUGUCCCUCGUAGCAUUGUUGGAGGUCUGCCGUAGUUGUGGGGGUGUCUGUGUUCUUCAUGUUGGGUGUUGAGGUUGCUGGAGUGAAGUCCUUUGGGUCUCGUCCAUCGGCGUUUUGUGUAGUGUAUGUGGGAGCUGUGUAAAACUCAAAUUAAGGAGAGAAUGAAGUACAAAUUAAGAAGAAAGAAGCCAAAAAGAGGCCCUCCCGAAGUCCGUUGCGGAUUCUGCCUUCCUUACAGCUGCACAACGGAUCUAGGAGGGUCCCAGCCACAACGCAUUUCUGCCUGCUGGGCUUCUUCAGGUGACAGGGAGGAAAAGGAAGUGAAAAGUGUGCAAAAAGGUGCACCUAGUCGGUACUAAGGAGCUACCCGUUCCGGACUGGAAAAAGGUGUGUGUGGUGCAGGUGUAGUGUUAGUGGGGGUGGAGAUCUGGAAGAUCUAGUCGGUGAAGGCCAGGGUCUAGUAGCUCAGAUUGUUGGGAGUGGAGGUCUGGUAGAUCUAGCCGUAGUGUGGCGAAUCUUCUACAGUGUGUCUCUUGCUCUUUGCUAGUAUCUGGAUGAAGUUGUCUCCUUGAAGUGCUUCGACCAAAUGGUGCUGAGUCUGAGAUGAUGCCCUUCUUUUAUAGAGAAAGGGGGUGUGAUCCAGCAGGUGUCGAGGCUUCUCAUUGGAGCAUGAUGAGAGCAUGCAUUGUGCAUGUGAGGGGUAUGGCUGUUUCGUCCAAUCAGAUCGCAGUACCUGUAGUGGCCUGCAUGGGAUGUCCAUGUCAUCUAGAGGUCAAGUGGUCUGGGAUAGAGAGUUAGCUCCAUUGAUUACAAUGGAGAAUUGCAUUGGGCCCGGUGACCUUUCUCUUUUGGGGAGCCGUUUCCGCUGUGGGUGGGUGAGGGGUGGAGGAGUCGAAGUUUGUGGGAUUAGAAAGAGUCAUUGAUGAGGUUCCUAGGUGGUGUAGAAGUCCCUCAACUAGUCCUCCAAAGAUGGUAGUCUUGACCUUUGUUCUGCCAUAGACCUGUGUGUUAGCAUCAAGGCGCGGUAGGCUCAUCCUCUCUGGUUUUAAGUGCCAUAUUGAUUUUCUGAUGGUGGCAGGUCCAGGAGGAGUCAGAAGCAAGGGUGUACACUUGGGGAGUUGGAGCCAGCUGUUAUAUAAAUAAUCAAAUAUCAAGCAUCACUAGCUGGCCAACGCUCUGGUUAAACCGGAUGUCCUCAGAUAACUCUGGGCCGUGUCCUCAGUCAAGUUUAGAGCCUACGCGCAAUAACAUGAUUAUCCGAAGGACAUAUGGCUGCCAUCACUCAAAAUAUACUCCCCUGUAGACUACAAAGAACAUCCUGCAACACUAACGAGCUUAGAGUGCCAAACCAUUUCACUGACAUUGGUCUUUGCAUGUACUCCUGCAAAGACAGGAAACACCUGAGCCUAAAGCAGACACUGCCAGUUCCCCUUAUCUCACGCUUCCUUGACACACAAACAUUUCAUGAGCACAUACACUCACACUCCACCCCCCUCUACUGGUCGGGUGCCAAGAGCAGAGGACUCUGCUGUGCACCAAUGGGGCUCCUGCUCUGGCUAGAGCAGGCCCGCCUCCAACUCUUCAGGACCAGUCAGAAGACCAACACGACGAGACUCCACCUACAUUAUUCUGUGUAUACAUUCUGCUGCAAACUCUGUCAAAGGCAGCCUAAUUAGCUGACUCCUGACAGAGCCAUAUUUUUAGGUCUGUGCACGUUUAAACUGCAGGACAAGAUAUCUCUGACUUUAAAUAAACUGCCUUUUUGCUACACCUGA